AUGGUUCUUCUCAAGCUCUUCUUCUUCUUCACCCUUGCCUUCUUCUUCUCUUCUGCUUCCCUCUGUCUCUCCUACGAGCCUCGCAACCAUGAAGUGGAGGCUUUGAUAAGUUUAAGGCUAGCUUUGAAUGAUCCCCAUGGAGUUUUAAACAACUGGGAUGAAGACUCUGUGGACCCAUGUAGCUGGGCCAUGAUCACUUGCUCACCUGAAAAUGUUGUUAUAGGCCUGGGAGCUCCGAGCCAGUCUCUGUCUGGAACUUUAUCUGGCGCUAUUGGAAAUCUCACAAAUCUUCGACAAGUAUUAAUGCAAAACAACAAUAUAUCUGGCAAACUCCCACCGGAGCUUGGUACUCUUCCGAAGCUUCAGACCUUGGAUCUCUCCAACAAUCGAUUCUCUGGUUUCGUCUCAGACUCUCUGGGUCAGUUGAAUAGUCUCCAAUACCUGAGGCUGAACAACAAUAGCUUGUCUGGGGCUUUUCCCGUGUCUUUAGCCAAAAUCCCUGAGCUUGCUUUCUUGGACUUGUCUUAUAACAAUCUCAGUGGACCAAUACCCAAAUUCCCAGCCAGAACAUUCAAUGUUGUGGGAAAUCCACUGAUUUGUGGAAGCAGCUCCACUGAAGGAUGCUCUGGAUCAGCCACCCCUGUCCCUCUUUCAUUAUCACUGAAAUCAUCACCUGGAAAACACAACUCCAAGACUGUAGCAAUUGCACUGGGGGUCAGCCUCAGUUGUGCACUUCUCAUAGUCCUUUCACUUGGAAUUGUCUGGUACAGAAAGAAGCAAAAAAGCCAGUCCAUUUUGAACAUAAGUGACAUUCAAGAAGAGGGACUUGUGAGCUUAGGAAACCUCAGAAACUUCACUUUCAAAGAGCUUCAACUCGCAACGGACCAUUUUAGCUCCAAGAACAUACUUGGUGCUGGAGGUUUUGGCAAUGUUUACAAGGGAAAGCUAGGAGAUGGGACUAUGGUGGCAGUGAAACGGCUUAAGGAUGUAACAGGAACAGCUGGAGAAUCACAAUUUCGGACAGAACUGGAGAUGAUAAGCCUUGCAGUACAUCGGAAUUUGCUUCGGUUAAUUGGAUAUUGUGCUACCUCUAAUGAGAGACUUCUGGUAUACCCUUACAUGUCUAAUGGCAGUGUGGCUGCCAGGCUUAGAGGAAAACCAGCACUAGAUUGGAACACAAGGAAGAAGAUAGCAAUAGGAGCUGCAAGAGGUCUUCUGUAUCUACACGAACAAUGCGAUCCGAAGAUAAUACACAGGGAUGUAAAGGCUGCAAAUGUGCUCCUGGAUGACUACUGUGAGGCUAUUGUUGGAGAUUUUGGCCUUGCGAAGCUCCUUGACCAUGCUGAUUCUCAUGUCACCACUGCUGUCCGUGGGACUGUUGGGCACAUUGCACCAGAAUACCUUUCCACUGGUCAAUCAUCUGAAAAGACUGAUGUUUUUGGAUUUGGAAUUCUCUUGAUAGAGCUCAUAACCGGAUUGAGAGCUCUCGAGUUUGGCAAAACAGUUAAUCAGAAAGGAGCCAUGCUUGAGUGGGUGAAGAAAAUACAACAAGAGAAGAAAGUGGAAGUGUUGGUGGACAGAGAGCUAGGAAACAUUUACGACCGGAUUGAGGUGGGGGAAAUGCUGCAAGUGGCUCUGCUGUGCACACAGUACCUCCCAGCCCACCGCCCCAAGAUGUCGGAAGUGGUCCGGAUGCUCGAAGGCGAUGGGCUAGCCGAGAAAUGGGCAGCAUCGCAUAAUCAUAGUAAUUCCAGCAUGGACCUCUUUCAUACUCACAACAGUAACAAAAGUAACACCCACCCUAGUAGCAUUGGAUCAAAACAUGAUGACAAUGAACGUGAUCGGGCAAGCAUGUUUGGCACCUCUGUGGAUGAGGAUGAUGAUGAGCAUUCUUUGGAUUCCUAUGCCAUGGAGCUCUCUGGUCCAAGAUAG